CCUGCAAUAGGUUGAAAUUAUUCACCGGCAAACAGGUUACCCUUCUAAUUCCCGGGAAAGCCAGCUGAUGCCCCACGUUUCGGCUGAACCCAAAGCCACGUAGGACCAUGGACACGCUAGAUAGGUUACAGGGGGCGAGGAUCAGGGCUUGAAGGUGUGACUGCCGCUGAUCCGGUGCCCCACCAACGGUAGAUGAAGUCUCCGGUCGUCCGAAACGGGCGCAAUUUCAAGGACCGAGACCCUGGCCCCAGCCGCCGAGCAAACUGCAGCACUCGCAACAGUCUUCGAAAAAGGCGCAAUGAGUUGGAUCGCCCCGUUGCUGGUGCACAACUUCUCAUUCCUCUCCUCCUCCUCCUCCUCCGGCCCGCUCUUGCACGCCGCCGCUUCAGCCUUUCCUGUUUACGGUUGCUGUAGCUACAGAAGAGCCUCUCGGCGUCUUAAACUUCCUUCUUUUUAGCCGUUUCGCUCAAGCUCAGAGUAAUUUGGUUCCCUCGCAUACAAAUCCUAAAGAAGCCACGGGGAAGGACGGUAAAAAGCGUGUUGCACGGGCCACUCAGAAUUGUUGAGAGUCUUCAAAAGUGCUUCAAAAAGUGACGACUUCAGAAUAAUUCCCUUGAUCUUGGCGAGAUGGGUGGCAUAAAAAUCUCAAGUCUACUGAUUAUCUAUUCCUAACAAAUGUUUUGAGAAAUGUGAAAUGCAAACUGAUAGAUUGGAGAAUAAAAAAUGUCCAUUUCCCUGCAUUUCAAAAGACUCCUUGGGGAAAGUAUUACCUCCUGGAACAAGUGACCCAGAAAGAGCAACUAUCAUGAGGAAAUAGCACUGGUGGCCUUUUUAUUAAACAGUUUAUACUCAAUAAUUCUGACAAUAGUUGUGUGCUGGGAGGAGAAGUUGCUAUACCUGAGGAUCUAGGUCAUGCUUCACUCUUUCUGGCUAUCGAGCCUUUCAGAAAUUUGGUCAGCUGCAUUUUCCCUCAACUUUCUAUGCCACCAACUGCAGCUGGACUUCUUCCUGUUGUGAAACUUGGGAAAUUCCAAUUCUGCUGCUGCAGUUUCCCUCUUGAGAACUCAAGAAGCCAUAUAUCUCAAGGAACAGGUAAAAUUCUUCUCUGUCUAAAUGUGAAUAUUUUAUAUACAUAUAGAAACCAACAUGGACUCAUUACCUCAGAGCUAUGAGACCAACAAAGAAAAUGCUUCUAGAUAUAUUCUUGAAGAACAGAAAAAUGGUGAAAUCAGAGAAUUUUGGUCUGAAUGCUUGCCAAGUAUUACAGAAGAAAGGGAAGAACAAUCAAUUGAGGCGAACAUUCCUUUGUCUCCCUCAGGAUUAGGGACAAAUGUGAAGACUCAAAUUGUAGAUGACAGAUCAGUCAGACCUGGAGUUGGCAAAAGACAGAAAAACAUGGAAAAGUCCAUUGAAGAACUGAAAGUAGAUUCUCCAAGAAUUGAGAUCCAAUACCAGAAUUCAAGUGAGGCAGAGAUUACGGAUCCAAACUCAUUUCUGGAAUAUCCAGAAUGCAUUGUAAAGCAUGGAACUAAUAGAGAAAGUCUUACCAAGAGCCCUACCAAACUACUCGGAAGAGUCAGCUUUGACCACCAUAAUCUCUCAUCUCCUGAUCAAUGGAAAAUAGGAAAACAACUGGGAAAAUGCCUGCGAUUAGAAAGGAAGGUUAUGUUCCCAGAUGAUAAAAGUACAAAUUGUUUUAUUUCCAAUGAGGUUGUAAAAUGUCAGUAUAAUAAAUAUGAACCAAGGUCAGAAAGCAGAAAAGAAAGUAACCCUGAUUAUGAUGAUGAAGAGAUGGUAAGUGAAAAAGAAUCUGAACUACCAUUUAAUUGGUCCAAAAGUUCACAGCAGUGGCAUGAACAACUAAGUGAAGUUAAGGCACAAGUGGAUGAAAAAAAUGACUCUUCGUCUCCUAGUUCCAAAGAACAUUCUGGUAUAGUUUUCGGUGGAUCCACCAUUUCUAAGAUUCCAGUAUGGCUUAUGGAAGAUUUAGAUGGUGAUGUAUCACAGGUAACAGGAAAUUCAAGGAAUCCUUCACUAGAUGUUUCUGACUUUCAGAACAUAGAAUGGAAACAGCCUAAUCCAGAGGACCAGAGUUCCAAAUUCCAGAUUAUUCAAUGUACACAAAGGAUUGGGCAGUGCAAAAAUAAAUGUUAUGUUGAAACAGAUGAAUGUUCAGAUACCAAAUUAGAAAGGAACCCUGGAUUUAAGAAAAUCAAUGAUCAAAUCAUAAAUGUUACAACGAAGCCAGAGAUAAAUCAAGGGAUGACACCUGCUAAAUCACAAAUGAAGCACCACGACAAUGCAAAUGCUGGGAAGAGAUGGAAUGGAAAGUCCCCUUCGAGUGAUUCAUUUUGCAUAUCUACUGACAAUGAUUUGCUUUGUCCGCCCUGUCUCACAAGAUGUGGGCUCCAUAGAACAUCCAAGGAUGGGGAACUCUCUGAUGGCGAUUAUGCCACAGAUGAGCCCAGUGAAGCUGAAGACUAUGUCUUAAAAAGCUGUGGAAAAUUGUUCCCCAAGAAACCCAGUGCUCAGGAACUCAUGAGCCAAAAGGAAACCCCGCAGACCACAAGCAGCAGUAGCAGUGAAUCCAGUCUCAGAGAGGGCUGCUUGAAAUAUGAAAAGCCUUUCUCUUCCCGUAUGGCGUCUCCUUUUCAUCCCCAGGAAGCCACAAGAGACCAAAGAGAACCUGAAAUACUGAUCAAGAGUAUUGCAAGCAGUUACGGCGGAGAACUAAAUUGGCAGGCGCUUUCUCUGAGAAAUGAUCUUGUGGCUCGCCUCUUCCCUGUUUUCAAGAGCAAAGCAAAUCCAGAACAUAAGAAAGGUACUCAAGAGCAAGCUCCAAAGAGGCAAAUAGCCAAGCCAGAAGAACAGAAAUGGGAGGAUCCUGUCAGCCACAGAGAAACCUCUCUGUUAGCUCAAAUGAAAGAUGAGCAAACAAAAGCAAUGGAUUUUCUCAGCAGAAGACAAAUCAGCCAGUAUGAUGCUGUCAAGACUCACUCAUCACAUCUCCUGGAAGAAUGUAAGAGUCAAGAAACUUGGAAACUUUCCAGAGAAAAACCAGAAUGUCAGACGCCUGUGCCAGCUAUUGAAAAAGAGGAAGAGUCUGAACAAAUAAGAAUGUUGAAGAAGCAAAUUGCAGGCCUACAGGAGGAGUUCAGGAGAAACAAGAUCCACUGGCAAGCUGCCCACAGCAGGCUAAGGAGUCAAGUGGAAUUACUCACCAAACAGAACCUGGCGCUCCAGGAUGAAUUUGGAAUCUCUGAGCAUCAGAAGAUGGAAACCCAGAGAAAACAUGGAGCAGUGGAUGUUAUUAACAGAAGAUCAGAAACACCGCUUUCUGCAGCUAUCUUGAGAGGGACUUCCUCCCAAGAGUCUGCAGAAGAGAGAACAUUGCAAGAUAACCACAAGAGUCUCAUUGAUGUCCAAGUAAGAAGGAAAAUAUCAUUUGAUGAUUUAGCUCAUAAGGAUAAUGCCCAGGCAACCAGAAGGACAUUGCUGAAGUCUGAGUCACAGAAAACUGCAAGAGGAGAACAAAGAACAAGGAGCUCAUCUAAAAUGCUUAAUAAUAGAAGUUUAACCCCUACUGGUCAGAGGACACCUCCUCCAGCACCUUUUCAAAUUCAGAAAGCCUCCCCUCGGUUCACUUCUGACCAACAACAAAACCAUGGAAGAAACACACCCAUAUCGGUGUCUAACCGGUGCAUAAACAAGAAUACUGUUCCAUCCUUGUAUGUAAAAGGCGUGUGCUCUUCCACCUCAGGUACUUCAGAAGAUGCAGCAUUUUCAAACAGCCUAAAUACUGACAUUUUAAACUCCACACCCUUAACUGAUGUGGAACUCCAGAUGAUGGAGAAUGUUGACCAUAAAAGGGCUCAAAGGUUCAAGAAGGCCUCUAGGCCACAGAGUGUCCCUGCAAAUGGAAGGAAAACACCUGAAGGCAAUCUUUCAACAUUGGAGAAGACUGAAAAAAAGCCAACAUUACUCAGAAGAGCAUCAUCCUGUAUUGAAAGCAAGGUUGGUGGAGAAGUGAAAGAAGAAAUUAAGUACCUAGAUGGAAAGGUGAAGCAGCUGUUUACCGAUGGACGCAGAAUUACUACAUACCCCAAUGGUACAAAGAUGGAAAUUAGUACUGAUAAAAAGACAGCUACUGUUACUUUUUACAAUGGCGAUAUUAAGAAGAUCUUAGCAGAUCAGACAGUGAUUUAUUACUAUGCAGAUGCUCAGACAACCAGAACUAUUUAUCAGGAUGGUUUGGAGGUGCUGCAGUUUCCUAAUGAUCAGAUUGAAAAGUAUCAUCCUGAUGGUACUGAAGAGAUCAUCUUUCCGAACCAGACAGUGAAACGACGCUAUGGUGGAGGUUUUGAGGAAACCAUUUUCCCAGAUGGCACAGUGGUUAAAGUAGAAACAAAUGGAGAGAAAACCAUCUACUUUCGUAACGGGCAAAAGGAGAUCCAAGCUUCUGGGUCAAAAAGAAGAGAGUAUCCUGAUGGUACUGUAAAGACUGUGUAUGCUAAUGGACAAUGGGAAACCAAGAAUGUUCCUGAACAGGUUCAGAUCCAGAAUGACAAGGAAGUACUUAUUCUAGAUGAGUGAAGCAUUCCCCUAAAUUGGAGGUGGGGAACUGUGGCCUUUUUAUGACUUGUGGACUUCAACUCCCAGAAUUCCUGAGCCAGCCAUGCUCACAAGUCCACAAGUCACAAAAGGGCCAUAGUUCCCCAUCCCUGCCCUAAAUGGUGGCCUUACAACCCUCCUAUUUGCAGUGUUUCCAGAUCAGUGUUAAAAUUCAAAAUGUAAACAAAUAUAAACAAUACAAAUAGGGUACAGCUUGCUACAAAUUAAUGUAAACAGUGACAUAAUCAGCAUUUUUUUUUAAAAAAACCCCAAGCUACAGAAAUGUUCAAUAUGAAUUUAUUUUUGAAAGAGUGGUGGAAAGAAUGGUCGUCCCCAUCUGCCUGAAGUGGAAAGGAACGCCUUCCACCUCUUUGAAUUCUGGAAUCAUGGCGAAAGCCUGCAAACCCUUUUGUUUGAGCAGUGAGGAGAUGUGAUGAAGAAUCAAGAACCGCUAUAACUCUAAAAUAUGGUGUAUUCUAAAUAGUCUGUUGCAGCUACCACUAGCAAGUGGAAUACAUUAUAUCAAAAUUAUGACACAUAUAUACUAACAUCAUCAGACACAGUUGUAUCCUAAGGUCUGAUGGAAAUACAUAAGCCAUAGUAUUUGGGUGAUGGUGUUGCAAAUCUUUUAUCAUUUGCCCCACUCCUGUCUGGAUCCUGAGGAAGAUGUUUUUCUUUUUAACAUAAACUAUUUUUCUAAAAUAUUACCACUUCUGAACUGAUCAGGAUUACCUCCCCAGGAUCUGAGUUUUGAGAAUUAUGUGAUUAGCCAAGCCAUUAUUUGUUAAGGCAGGGUUUGUUGAAUUGAUCAUAACUGACUGGAUUUCACAACAUGCCAAGCCAUAAACAGUGGUUUACAAAUCACAAUGAGAUCAAGCUAAAAUUCAUACUGGCCAGAACAUACAUCUUUCAGCCAGGGAGGGUGGGCCAAUGACUCUUAAAACCUGUGAAAAGGCAGCAGUAAGAAUACAUAUUUCUGGAGCUAGAAGGGCUAGUAAUAGUAAUAGUAGUAAGUAGCUGCCAAAUGAAAAAGCUGUGUGUAUGGAACAGGAAGGCAAAGGUCAUCCUUGAGUUACAACCAUUUGUUUAGCCACCUUUCGAAGGUGAAUGGCACUGAAAAAAGUGAGUUACAACCAGUCCUUGCACUUACGACUGUCAUAGGAUCCCGACAGUCAUGUGAUCAAAAUUUGGGUGUUUGCAGCAGCAUCUUAGGAUCUUGCCAUUUGCAACGUUCCCAGCCAGCUUCCGAUAAGCAAAGUCAAUGGAGGCAGUUGAACUCACCUAAUAACUGCAUGAUUCACUUAACACUUGCAGUGAUUCACUUAAUUGUGGCAAAAAAUAUUGUAUAUCAGGCACAACUGAGAUGAACAACUGCCUUGCCUACCAAUGGAAAUUCUGUCUCAGUGAUGUCAUAUGUCUAUCUAUAGCUUUUACCCUCCUCCCUUUCCAAAAGGGAGUGGCUGAGUUGGUAAAAUUCUCUUCAGGAAAUUAUAUAGUAUAAUGGAGCUCUCUAGAAAUCUACAAGUAAAUAGGACUCCAAUGAAGUUUUAAUGUUAUGAAUUCUCAUUUUAUACUCAGCUUGUAAGUGCCAUAUGUGAAAAUAAACUCUAUGUUACAGAAAUGCCAUAAAUGCUCCAGUGAAAUUAAAUCUAGAUAAACAUUUGCAUCCAGAUAGAUUUCACUCUUCAGGGGUGCAUAUCCAUAUUUUUCCAGCUGUGUAAAGAAAUUCAGGUACUAAGUUGUGUACUUUUCAGGAGUUCUGUGUCCGACUCUCCCUGUCACUCAACUGUCUUUUUAUUUGUUUGUUUCCCUGGGAUACAUUUUUUUCCAAACUGGUGAUUUUUAGAACUGUUGGAGUAUAAUGUGUAUUACCUCUGCUUGCAUGGCUAAGACUCUGUGGUCUGUAAUCCAACUCAUACAGACAGUGCUGAGUUGGGGAAAGCUCAUCUGAUGUCACAUCUUGUGUUUGGAUCCUGGGUGGGUCCUUCAAUGACAGGAUGAAUAUGUAGAUGAGUAUGUCUAUGUUAGACCACAGAAAAGACUUCUAUAGUUUUGACAUGUUCAAGGGAAACAGACUAUUUGACCUUCUGCUUUCACUUUUGUAAUUUUGAUGCUAAACUUGAAUACAAAUUGAAAGUGGCCAAAAAGUCUUUUUAAAAUUAAACAAUGAUAUAUUAGUACAACCGGUACAUUACUUGUUUGUACUGUUUACUGAUUCAAAUGCCAUAAACUGAAUGACCUGCUUAAUAUUUUAUCUCUUUCGUUCCCAUUAUUUGUAUAAAUAUAAUAUUUUGAAGGAGAUCAUUGCAAAUUUUCCAACAUUUGCACUUAUAUUGAGAAGAGAAUUAUUUCAAAGGAAGAGAAAGAAAGAAAAUUUGAAAGUGUAUAGGAGAGACUUCCAAAAUUUCCUGCCUGCUAGAUGUGUUAGAUUCUACUAAUUUUAUUGUUUAAGAAAUAUAGGCCUUAGUCUGGCACAUUUGGUAGGCACCAGGUUGAGGAAGUCUAGUAUAGAAAUGGCACACAUUAUAUUUUUGUCAUCAAUUUUCAAGCUCUUUCAUAAAAAAGAGUAUAGAAUUGCUCAAACCAUUUGUCUACUGGUUAACUAAAGCUUUAUUUAAUUUUUGA